GAUUCAUUUUGAGUUCCAGUGACAUCGAGGGAGUAUAAUAACAUUAAUAAGUAUUGUAACUUGACAUAAAAAUAAAAAUAAAAAUAAAAAUCCAAAUAAAAUGCAGUGUUAGUUAAAAUUCAAUGUAGAAGUAACUACCAACGGUUUAGUUUUCUAAACCCUAAUAAAAACAGAGCAAAGAAACAACAAAAUGUCUCUGCCAAAACCCUAGAAACUCUCUCUGCAAACCCCACAACCACCAUUGACGAUGAGAGACAAUUCACCACAACCCCAACCCAUAAACCCCACCAAAACCCUACCUUUUCCUUCUCCACCUCCGCCUCCACCUCCCCAAUCGCCUUCUCGGAAGCGCCUUCUCUCCAAUCCCAAUCCCAACCCCAACCCCAACCACAACCCCAAACAGUGCUCAACCUCCUCCGAUUCAUCUCUCUCAUCCGACUCAUCUUCAGAGCGAUUCCGAAAGAAGACCAGAGACCUCCCCAAUUUCUCCGAUUGCCACUGCUGUGGACUCCACAUCAAUACCUCCAACCCCAAGAACAAGCUCCAAACCCUAGACAGUGUUUGGCGGAUCGUCCUCCUCUGUAAAAAAUGCAUUGAGCGAGUCGAGUCAGCUGAAUUGUGCUCCUAUUGCUUCUCGAAGGCCGAUUCGGACUGCUAUCGAUGCCGGGACUGCGAACGCUGCAUUCACAGGGAGUGCGUUGCAAAGUACCGGUGGUCUUCCUAUUGUUGUUUGGAAUUAGGCUUUUCUGUUUGUGUUGACUGUUGGGUGCCGAAAUUGCUUGCGAAUUCGAAUAGGGUUUAUAAGAGGAGGAACAAUUCUAGGGUUUCUAAGUCGCUGGAGGAUGUGGUGAUUGAUGCCAAGAGCGUGGUGAAGAAGAAAACUGCGGUUGUAGCUAAAGCUAAAGAGAAUGCUUUGAGAAAAGCUAUGGUAGCCAGAAAGGUUGUGGAAUUGGCGAACAGUGCGUUGGAAUUAGUUGCGAAGAAAGAUGACAAUGGUGCUACUGUGGUUGUUGAUGAUGCAGAAUUGGCAUUUCAAUUGCAUCGUGCGAUGAAUAGUUCACCAAGGAUUUCAAAGAACUUCUGCUUGUUGAAUUCGAGCCAUUUGCCUGUUCCAAGAAUACGCUACUGCGAUGGUGAUUUAUCGGUUAGAUCAUCUGGCUCAAGGGUGAGUUCACAUCCUAGUGCUACUGCCCCUAAUAAUAAGUUAAAUGAGAACGUUGAUGCAACUGUUUCAGAACCAGUUUAUGUAAGCCCUUUAGAUAGUAGUUCUCAUAUUUGUUUGGGUAAUUUAAAGCAGGACGGGUUGGCGUAUUAUACAAGGAGGUGUAAAAAGGAAAAGGAAUGUCGGGUAAACGGUGGAGCGAUUGUUGGAGACUGCAAUUUUGGUGAUGACAAUAAUUGGAUUGUUGAGUCUCAGACUUGCCAGAAACAAGUUAAGUUGGAGUAUGAUUUAGAUGACACUAGAUACCAAAGUCAAUUGACUUGUGAUGGAAAUGCUACUGUGUUCCAUGAGGGAAGAUGCAAUGGGAAGCCAGAUCGCUAUAUGUUAAAGUAUAGCAAGAGGCCUGUUGGCUUCAAACCAAUUUCAAAUAGUGAGCCUAAAAUCCUUUAUGAUGAUUCUUCUGUUGAAAGUAAGGAUGAAGCUGUGGGACUACCUCUGAAUUGUUCCGAGGAAUGUAGAACAUUAUCUGAUACUACAUUUCAGUCUUGCACAACGCUACCUUGCAAUCUUCGGCCUGUGCAUGUAGUCCAUCCAUCACGAGAUCUGUCCUGAAGUAAACAGGUGCCUUAGUUGGCCAUGCUGGAUAUUUUUAUAUAUUGAUGAUUGGGUAGAUUGAAGAGAUGUUGUCCAUCAAGUUGCAGUAGAAUGAAAUGGAGUGGAGAAAUACUUCCUAAAGUGUCACAUGAUCAAUGAAUAAUAAUCAGAUUGAAGAGAAAUUUUGAUGUAUGUGAAGUGAGCAUGUUUUAUGGUGGGCAAUGCUAGGUAUUUAAGACAUAACAUCCCUGUAAGAUAAUUUUAGUUAAAAGGGCUACUUUUAGGCCCUUGUUCUGCUGAUUUGUGAAUUGAGAGCAGAUAUAUUGUUAAUCUUUGAAUACAAGAUUUUUGGAGCAGUGGCUCUAAACUUCAGAACAUAAAUCUUUAUUGAUACUCAGGAUCUGGACAUAUUUGUUAUAUUUUAAGUUACAAUGGACUUGUGAAUGCUGGAUUGACUCUACUUCGUGUCAACCUACAUAAGAUAGACUUGCAAACACACUCAUCAUCAACAAUGAUGUUCAAUAUGGAAACAACAUGAAAUUGAAAUUUGUGCCCGGGGUAUUUUCAGUUGCUGCUUUCACAAUACUGCUCACACUCUCAGUCUUGCAUUAUGCUCUAGGCAAUUAGUGUGCACAUCCAAAGUGCUUUACCUUUGCAGCUGAAGCUAUGUGUUUCCUUGUUGAAACUUUUUGUUUGUUUUUCCUACAAGAGGUCCUAUGAAGUAUCUGUAACCUUUAGCCCUUCGCAUGAUACCAGCAGAACCUAUGAAGUACCGACACUUCAAAACAAGUGUCGUAUCUAUAUUGGAUACACGGACACUUCGGGGAUACGCAUGGGACACACCACAUGGCGUGUCCCCUUAUUUAAUUAAUUUAUUUUCAAGGGACAUGCUAGGGACACACUAGGGACAUGCCAAGUUGUCUUUUUCUCCAUUUUAUUUAGUGUCUUUGAUAAAUGUUGAAUGUUUAUUAUUUUUUUUCUUAGAUUU